ACGCCACCAGCAUCCACCCACCACCGCAGAGCAUCUACAACCGCAAACACAGCCAGAUCACAAGAAAGGGAGAGGAGAGAAGCUUCAGCGGCGGCGGCGAUGUCUGGAAGAGGCAAGGGAGGGAAGGGGCUCGGCAAGGGCGGAGCCAAGCGGCACCGGAAGGUGCUGCGCGACAACAUCCAGGGCAUCACCAAGCCGGCGAUCCGGCGUCUGGCGCGCAGGGGCGGCGUGAAGCGCAUCUCCGGGCUGAUCUACGAGGAGACCCGCGGCGUGCUCAAGAUCUUCCUCGAGAACGUCAUCCGCGACGCCGUCACCUACACCGAGCACGCCCGCCGCAAGACCGUCACCGCGAUGGACGUCGUCUACGCGCUCAAGCGCCAGGGACGCACCCUCUACGGCUUCGGCGGCUAGGCCGGGCGAUCUGAGGCUCCACCACCAGAAGAUGCUAGGCGUUAUUUAGGCUUUGUGGUACUCAUUGUAAUAGCUCUCCUUUGCAGUUGUUUUGCUCCUGUCCACCUUGAUGUUGGGAGUGGUAUGAGCGAUGGUUCGUCAGAAGUCAUGGUCAGAAUAGUAAAUCGCAGUCGUUUGGCUCUUGUCCUCCUGUUUGGAGUGUCAUGAGCUAUGGUUCGUCAAAUUAAAUGAGCUAAUAGGAAUUCUCAGUGGUUUGACAUUAGAUUCACCUGCAAUAUUUCGCCCUGUACUUUGUGCACGAUGUUAAAUAUUUCAGUGUGCUCUGUAUCA